UGCUCCGUGUUGAGGACGGUCUCUUUGUGCAGAUGGAUUUCCUUCACAGGAAUGGUGUUCUUCUUAUUCAGCAUUUGCAGAAGGAUUACCGGGCUUACUACGAUUUUCUAAACUUUAUGUCCAAUGCUGGAGACCCCCGGAAUAUAUUUUCUAUUUAUUUUCCACUCUGGUUUCAGCUUAAUCAGACCGUUGGAACUAAGAUGAUAUGGGUCGCCGUCAUUGGGGACUGGUUCAAUCUUAUAUUUAAAUGGAUCUUAUUCGGUCAUCGGCCUUACUGGUGGGUCCACGAAACUCAGAUUUACCCAAAUCACUCAAGUCUCUGUCUUGAGCAGUUCCGCGCCACAUGUGAAACAGGCCCAGGAAGUCUGUAGGGCCACGCAAUGGGCUCUUCGUGCGUCUGGUACGUCAUGGUGACGGCUGCUCUGAGCGACGCUGUCGGCAGGACAGAUAAGUCCUCUCUCAUCCUGCACAGACUGACCUGGUCAUUUCUUUGGAGUCUAUUCUGGGUGAUUCAAAUCAGCGUCUGCAUCUCCAGAGUGUUCAUAGCAACGCACUUUCCUCAUCAAGUUAUUCUUGGCGUAAUCGGGGGCAUGCUGGUGGCAGAGGCCUUCGAACACACUCGAGCCAUCCAAACAGCCAGCCUGACCACCUACCUGAAAACCAACCUCUUCCUCUUCCUGUUCGCCCUUGGCUUUUACCUGCUUCUCAGCCUGCUCGACAUUGACCUCCUGUGGUCUGUUCCCAUAGCCAAAAAGUGGUGUGCCAAUCCUGACUGGGUCCACAUUGACACCACCCCUUUUGUGGGACUCGUGAGAAACCUCGGGGUCCUCUUUGGCUUGGGCUUUGCAAUCCACUCUGAGAUGUUCCUUAAGAGCUGCUGAGGGGGAAAUGGCUGUAAGCUGAGCUUCCGGCUCCUCAGUGUGAUGACCUCAUUGACCGUCCUGCCGCUCUACCAGUCCACCCAGAUCCCCACUCACAUAGAACAUUUGUUUUGUGUCUUCUCUUUCUGUAAAAGUGCAUCCAUUCCCCUGGCGGUGGUUGCUUUGAUACCCUACUGCAUUCACACGUUAAUGAAACCAAGUGACAAGAAGAUUAAUUAGAGUUGGGCAGAGACUUAGUGCUUGGUGGUCCCAGGCUGACCCUUCUCCUCCACCCACCAGUAGCGUCACAGAGCAAGGACAGACUGACUCCAGAGGGAUUCCAAUGAGGGUCACAAAAAGAGCCCAAGCCUGCCUACGCAUAGAUGCAGUUUGGCCUUCAUAUGAUUUUGUUUGUUUUCUAUUUUAAAUCAGUCUCCAUCCUUCAAAAAUCAGAAUAUUUUCAUAAGAUCUGAUUUUCUCUAUCCUCUUGAAUAAUCGGAAUAAUCAUCUUCUUGAAUAAUCUGGCGAUACAGGGCUUCCAUUCUUCCUUGGAGAAAAUUGGCUUGGGUGAGUACCGAUGGCUCCCCAGUGAGGGCCAGCAUUCGGAUUGUAUCACAGCAAAACCUUCUGUAUCAGGUGCUUUGUCAUCCUAAGGUCAGGCCACGUCGGGCGACUGCGAGGGUUUUGGUGGGCAUCUCUGUUGAAUCCAAUCUCCUUGAUUUUCAGAUGCACUAUAUGCACCCAUUCAGCUGAAAGCACUUAAUCACUAUGCCAGCAGAUUAGGAAAUAGAACCCACGUCUCCUGACGUGGCUUUCGAUGACACCAUGUCUGCGUUCUCCCUCUCCAAGAGGUCAAAGCCAGCGAGAGUAAAUGCUUUGAUAUAGAUUCCACGACAAUUGCGGUUUAAGUCAGCUGAAAUGGCAUUGAAAUGCCACAGCCUAUUUGACUUGCCUGGUGACCUAUUCCUUUGAAGUAUGUUUGGCAUCCACCUGUGUGCAGGAUCUUGAUGGAGUCAGCAGGGGGGCCAGAUGUGGGAAUGUAAACCCGUCCAGAGGAAAUGAAGCAGGUAAGGCCGCUGGCUGAACUUGAUGCCUGCACUCUGUAUUAUUAGUGCUUUCCAGUAUUUCAAUAAAUGCUGCUGAAGGUGCUUCACUUAGAACAUGAUUUCCUCCACUCUGACAUCUCUAUACUUUAAUUUAUAGUUGCCAAUCUUUCAAAAUCACAGGAAUCAGACAUCUUUUUCUAGAUCACGCUGCAACAUAGGAAAAAAAUACCUCUAUCUUUUAGUUGGGUUAGUCUUUCUUUAUACUCAACUGUGAUGAUAAUUGUUACAUGUUGGGCUGCUAAUUGCAGGGUCAGCCGUUCAAAUCUGCCAGUUACUCCAUGACUCCGGCAGAAAGAUCUGCUGCUCACAGAAAGACAGCCUUGGAAACCCAGAGGCAGAUCUACCCUGUCCUGCAGGAUUGCUGCCAGUUAUAAUUGAGUCAACGUUAAGUGUUUGUUUGUUUUUUAAUGAUGAAAAUCUGGCAUCAGGGCUUAGUGUUCUAGCCAGGAAGGUUGUGGCAUUGGUAACUUUGAGGAGAUUCAGAAUAAUUGAGGUGGUUUACAAUAACCACCUGAGCAAGAAGAUCUGAGUCAAUUACAACACUGAUGACACCAUCGGGGAUCUUAAGAAGCUAAUCGCAGCCCAAACUGGCACCUGUUGGAACAAGAUUGUUCUUAAGAAGUGGUGCACUCCUCACUGGCCCAUGGCCCUGCGGGGGACAACACCAGGAACACAGUGUGGGAAUUGCGCCUGA